GCCCCGCCCCCCGUGUCCUAGCGACGGGGACGCGGCGGCUGCGGGACCCUCACCUGCCCCGAGCCGCCGGUGCCGGCGCCAUGAGCGGCCCGCAGGCAGGAUAUCUUGCAACCUACAACAGCCUUACAGACAAACACCUGGUUGGGUAUUUCAACAACACCAGGAUAAGACGGCAUCUUCAGAGAUCGGGACUGAUCUCAAGGAGUGGAAGAAUAAUCCCUGAGAAGGAAUACCGGCUAAAUGCUCUGAGGAGGGAUCACCAGAGAUACGUACAGGAGUGCCUGGCUCGUGCCAUAUUUCACAAGGUCCUUGACAUAGAGCGCCAUCAUCAGCGGGAAAUAAAGCAGCAGCUUGAAAGUUCUGCGAGGAAGGAGAGGGUACAGAAGGUCAAGAUGGAGCAGUUCAGAAGAUCAGUGGAAGGUGUCAACCCUAUGCACUUCCCGCAUCCACCACUUGCUCCAAGAUAUCAUUAUGGGCUCCAUCCUUUUGUGGCUGAAGAACCAGCUGGUCACUCACAACUGAGGGCACCUGGACACUGUGAUUACAGUGGUGGACAUCCUCCUCCUCAUCACCAGUCCAAGGAGCCUGACUUUUCUAUGGUGACUUCCUGGCGACCCAACACAGCUCCAGGGAACAUGCAGCACCCCCCUCGCCUCCAGCCGCUUCGCAGCGGCGCUGCAGAGGGGUCUCUACCAAAGACUUCAAGCUCUAGCCACAGGUGCCACGUGCUGAGAUGUGUCAAGCAGUUUGUCACCAGGCAGGAGAGGAAUGGGUCAAGACUUCUGAAUUCAGUGAAGUGUGUGACUGGUGUAUCCCCAUAUCAACUCCCUGCCAUCAACAACUAUGUGGUGCCAGUGCCACCUCCUCGCCUGCAAAAAAGGGGCCUAAAUGCAGAGAGGAAUGGGAUGCCCAGAGGGAGACAAUUUCAUCUUGCCACUGCACCCAGUGAUGCAGAACAGCCUCCAAAGAAGCCCGCUGGAGGCUUCCCCAGGUCCCCGCUCCGCAGCAAUGCCUGCGUUACCAUGAUCUUCCUGGGAAAAAGCGUGCAUUUAUCUCACGAUGAUGCUGAUUGCAGGGAUGAAAUCAAAGUCUAUCAGCAGCAUUGUGGAGGAGAGAACCUCUGUGUCUACAAAGGCAGGCUGAUGGCAGGAGAGACCUUUCAGUUCAUCUCAAAGAGGCACCGUGGUUUCCCAUUCAGCCUCACCUUUUUCCUCAAUGGGAUACAAGUGGACAGAUUGAGCUGCUGCUGUGAGUACAAGCAUCAGAAACGUUCCAGGCUGGGAGGCAAACAUGGGUCCUUCGCGAUUCUCCAUGUGGAGGGAGCAUCUCCUUGCUACAGGUGCAUUAUUGCAAUGGGUCUGGACAAAGAGCCAUCCCCCCCCAAGAGGAAGGUGAAGGAGGACCAUGAGGAAAAGUAUGUGGGUUUCUGGGGAGAUGGAGCCUAUAGUGAGCCAAGCAAAAGCCAUGUUGAGCAGAAAUCAAGAAGAAAUUCAGUGUUAGUCAUCCUGCCAAGUCAUGAAGCAACUGUGGAAACUGCUGGGGGUGAAAUGAAGACCAAACGGGAGUAUGGAAAAGAAGAAAUGAAAAAGCCAGCUGAUAGUGAGAGGGAAGACAGUCAGGAAGACACCAUUAAAAAUGAGUAUGAUGAAGAUUUUGAAGCAGAUGAGGAAGUUAAUGAAGAGGGACAGACCAAUGAUCAAAUGAAUGGGAUGUCAAAGUCACCCUCAGAUGAUAAAAACCAUAAUUUAGACUAUGAAAAUGAGAGCAAAAUCUCAUCACAGAAAGCACUGCAGACCUCUGACAGCGAGGAGGAUGAAAGUGAUGGGUAUUCCGACAGCAGCUCUGAGGAUGAUGAACAAGGUGGGAGGCCUGUGCACUCUCUCUCAUCCGUCAGCACCCAGUACAGCAGCGAAGAUGACUCUCGUGCUGAAACAGUGAAAGAUGAUGUUGAGGGCAAAGAGGAGCAUAACGAUGAAAGGGCAUCUAAUAACACAGCACAUGAACAGUUUGGAAAUGAGAAUGGGGAGAAUAAACUGCACAGAGUGGAGGAAAAUCAGGAAUCUUCUGUACUGGAAGAGGAAGGGAUAGAUGGAGCACAAAAGGCAAAACCAGAUCUAACAGCAAGGGGAGACACUGGAAUUUUUCAUGAAAAUACAACAGCAGUACAGCAUAAAAGUCCUGAAGUUAACAGGGAACUCGACGAGGCUGCGUCAGUCCAAAGUGACACAGGGGAAGAUGAGGAGAACACCAGUACUGGGAGAGGUGAUGGGGAAGAAGGUGUUCUAGUACCUUUGGAAAGCAGUGUGACGGAAGUGGAGGACAGCAAUGAUGAGGAUGCUCGCAGUGACGAAGGAGGAGUUUUUGAUGAUUGCAAACCAGCCCAGGCGGAGGUGGCAAAGGCAGUUGGAAAUGAUCACCAUGUGAAUUCCGAACCUGAACCUGGUGAUUCCCAUGUGGAUGAGGAAGAAGAGCACCUAACAAGUGCAGAGCAUGGUGGCAGUGAAGCGCCAGAUGCAGCCUCCUUGGUAGAAGGAGCAAGAACACUUGAUGAGCAGAAGGCAGCAAAACAAGCGGUACAAGAUGGGCAGAUGAAAGGGGAGAAGCAAGCACUUGAGGAGGAAGAAUCUGUGGCUGAGGGAGGAGAUGCUCGAUCCAAAGAGGCAGAAGAAGUGGCACGGGUGGGAGAUCUGCUGCCCAAGGAGGACACCGUGGCUGUGCUGCUGAUGGAGAGUCUGCUCGCGGUGUGGGAAUCUGCACCUGAGGAGAGCACCCUGGCAGAAGGAGAUCCCAAAGGACAGGAGACAUGGAAGGGAGCGGAGACUGGUGCAGAGGUGGCACCCGGGGAACAGGAGGGUGUGAUGGAGGGGAUGGGGAGCCUGGCAGCAUGGGGAGGGCAGGAACCUGAGGCCAUGCAGGGA